GUGUUUUAAACUAGAAGAGAUUUUGUCCUCAAUAUUUGAACUGUGCUAGUAAGCUAACCGUUAGCCUGCUCGCACAGUAACGUUAGGUCAGCGGCUAACAUGAGGAAAGGCUAUAAACUGACGUUAGCAUGAAGCUACAUAGCAGUAGUUAAUGAUAAUGUGAGGAACCAGGUCAUAGUUAGUUUUUCAGUUAGGGAAUUUAGGGACCUUAAAUCUACUGAGUUGGCAAUAAUUUUACGCCAGAGCCCAAAAUAAACAGUAAUGAAUGCUCCGAGAUGAUCUCUGUUUCCAUGUAGCUUGUUUGCUAUUGUGGAGGUCUCAAUUCUAGCCAGAUUACUAAGCGUUGACUGACGUGUGACAAGUGUGACAAACAUGCAAACAAAUAAGAAAUCAGGAAGUUGGCCAAUACUUUCUCACAUCACUGUAGAUAAUUUUGUGUUUAUUACUGAUGCCUCUAUAUUUUUUGUUGAUAUGUCCCCAUAUCCACAUCAAGCAGCACAUAUUGUGCACCUAAAGUGGUAAGCUCAUACUUACUUUCCUAUCUCUGAAGCUUUUUAACAGCAGCUACUCUGACAUGGUAUAUUAUGGCAAACACAGGUGCUACCAAUGGCAUUAAUUAGCCCAAGGUCCAGUUUGAGCUUACAUGAGUAGAAGAUUUUCAGGUCAAAAUGACUGUUCUGCUCAUGCUCUUGACAUAAACCUAUAAGUUAGCUUCUGUUAGCCGCCGAACUUUAUCUUGUAUUUCAGUAAUCCCUUGAGAUGUGUGUCCAUAACUUCUUAAUAUGUACUGCAGACAUCUCAAGAUCCAGAGAGGAGGGUUCUGUUCAGCCGUGUUUGAAAAUGUCCCCAAGAACUCAACAUGGAACAAGGAGGAAGGCAUUCAACACUUCUUGGUAUAGAGACAUGCUGUGUCUCAAUUCAGGGUCUGCACCCUUCAGAGUGCGCAUUUGAAGGCCACUUACUUCACUAUGCUCGAAUGCGCGAAUGUUGUCCCAAUUUGAAGGGUCCUCCAAAUUCACCCCACAAAUGCGUCCUCCUUUUACUUGUUUUUGGAGGCUGCACCGCUACUACCCUUCAUGGCCUCACAUAUCCCAAGAUUCAUUGCGCAUCCGAAGAGAAGAAAAAGAAAUAAUGGUGACCGCAAGUGGUGCAGAUCUCACAUUUAAAUAAUGGUUCUGGAAACAAUGGGCCUGCAGGUAGAGGUUGAGCCCCAGCAGGCCAGAAACAAGUGGGGCCAUUUAAAGAACAAGUACAAAGAAGCUGCAGGAUUGUCCUCAUGGAUGAGGUGUUAACACAGAAGCCUUCCACUGCCCCCCCGCCCUAACUGCCUCCAUCCCUGAGGACACACCAGGGCCAAGUGACCAGCAGGAGGAAGAUGACGACGUUGAGGAGGAGGAGGAGGAGGAGGAGGAGGAGAGCCAGCCAGGGCCAAGAAGAAAGAGGAAGAGGGAGGAUGAAGGAGGACAUGAGGCUGCAGAGAGAGGAUGUUCACCAGCAGAUCCUGCUGGCUGUGGGUCUGGCGGUCUUCUGCUACUGUCUAGUUCUCGGUUGCAUCCUUUGCUGUCGCAGAAGAAGAAAGAGCGUGUCAUCGGAGGACAAGGAGGCAAUUUUCUUGUCUCCUCAUCCAGCUCAGAGGGUGACUGUGACACUGACUCCAUCUCCACGCACUCAGCCUGUCAAGCAGCAGUAUGAGGAGCUGGAUGGGGAUGUGUUGGAGUUCCCUUCCUCUAAAAGCAGCUCUUCUCCCUCAGAGGAUGACCUCACUGCUCUGCCCUUUGACCCCAGCCCAACCAGAGCACCUGAGCAGGUUCAGUCUCCGGGAACUUCUUUUCCGAUGCGGCGCCUCAGCACUCCAGCUGUUCCCUGUUCACCCAACAAACGUGCAAGUCCCGGCAGAGCCUCUCUGCCCUCCCUCACUAAGCUGAGCCUGGUGUCCAAGUCUCGUCGGGCGAUGGGUCGGCGCAGCACCGUGAGCGGAGAAAGUUUCCUUUACAGCGAGAGCAGUCACCUGACUGCUGCUGCUGCCAGAUCUCCCACCCAGCAAGGGGAGGCCUCCACGUCACAGUAUGGCUCUAACACUCUCUCCAUCCCCUCCAAGUCAGCCCCUCUCCUGCACUUCUCCCUUCUCUUCUCCUCUGCCUGUGGCACCCUGGUGGUCAACAUCCUGGGGCUCUCGGGGACCAGUCGAAGGCGCAGUGGGGUGUUCGUCCGGGCCAGCCUUCCUCCCCUUUGCCCUUCCCCUCAGCAGAUAGCCUCUCGACGCCGCAGCCUCAGCCCAGACCUCCACAGCCAGAGCUUUGUGCUGCAGGUGGGCUCAGUGGAAGAGCUGUGCACCUGCACCUUGAGACUGGCUGUCUACAGCAGGGACUUCUCAGGCCUGAGAGAAGCUGCCCUAGGGGUGGUGGAGCUGCCCUGUGAGCAGAUGGAGUGGGAGCCAGACACCACCGCCACCUACACCAGGCAACUUCACCCAACUAAGAGCAAGCUAAAGAAGAGUGUGAGUUCUCAGGAAGCGUUGGGUCACAGGAAAAGCUCGGUGUGUGUGCCGCGGGCUUUGGGCCAGCUCUUCAUCCUGCUGCAGUAUCAGACGCUGGCACAGCGCAUCAAGGUGAUGGUCCGAAAGGCUGAGAAUCUGGCCAAGCUCACACGGAUCCCAGGAGCUCCAGACCACUACGUCGUCAUCAACCUGCGUCAGGAUGGGAAAAUAAUCGGUACCAAGGAGACCAAAGGCAGCAGCGGACAGAACCCCGUCUGGAACGCUCCAUUCCUGUUUGACCUGCCCUCUGGUGACAUCACUCAGCUGCCAUUGGUCCUUGAGUUUAUCGUCAUGCAGGGCCGCCUCUACACUAAGAGCAGUAUUCUGGGUCGUGUAUUGAUUGGCAACGAUGUCUCAGAGGCGGGACAGGGACACUGGAAGGAAAUGUGCAGUCGGGGACAAACAGAGACGGCUCGCUGGCACAUGAUCCAAUCGGAUGUGCCGUAGGACUGAUUGAGUUGUUGCUGCUGUCCCUCUGACGUCCAGUGAGUGAAAACGAGAGGUAGAGUUAGGUGGGAAUACCAUGUGAUUGAACACACGCAGUGUUUAUGGUAUGUAUUUGAUAUUGUUCCAGGUAAUUUAGCUGAUAAUGUUCAUGAGUUAAAUAAACAACAAUGCAGUUUUAGGGAGAGAAAAAUGUCAAAUAAAAGUUUCCACUAUUGACAGAAGCACUGCUCACUGUUUGGAGGUGGGAUGUGUGGCAGCUUUCUCCGCAUCAACAGUAUUCAGCAUCCCAACAUUGCCUUUGUGAUUACUUCCACUGUGACCUCUUUAAUGUAGUCUGUAUAACCGUAUCCUUCUGAUUCUGUGCUGAAGUAGUGGUUCUGUUUGUAUUAUGCCCAGAUGCUACACAUGUUCAUGUGGACUAGAACUUGAAGGAUGUCCAAAAAUGUGCAGAGUUGCUGAGCAUAUAUGUUGCUGCUCGUAAUUUGCUGUGGUGUAUUAUACUGUGCCAGUAUUUGUCCUCAUACUGUAAACACCUCUCUAACUAAUACUGUAUGUAUGAGGCCAGUACAGUGUCCUCACGUUGUGUGGCAUGCCUGAUGAGUUAUUGUAUUAUUUUGGGUUUGUUUGUUUUGUUCUCUUUUCAUUGAGUGGAAGCUUCAGUAAACAUGUGGGGACUUAAUGGUUCACAGACAGAUAAUGCUCAGUCAUCUGCAUUUGGCCUGCUAAUGUGCAAUGAAUGCAAAAUAAAAGAAUUUCACAAGA